AGAAAAUAAAAGAAGAAUAUCAGCAGCUUCGAGCAGAACAACAUAUAUUAAAGUCUGAUGUACAACAAAGGGGGCAAGAGGUGAUGUCUCAUCUACACAGGAAAGAAAAAGAACUGCAAUCUGCGCUUCAAGAACAAGAUAGUGAAAUUAAAGGUAAACAUCAAAAACAAGAGGAGGAACUAAAAUCCAUGCUGCAAAAACAAAAUACCGAAGUGAAAUCUUAACAACAAAGACUAGCUGUAGAAUUUAAAUCUGCACUCCAAAAGCAAGAUUUUGAACUAAAAUCAGAAAUACAGAGACAAGGAUUGGAGUUAAACGCCGAGCAACUAAUGCAGAAAAGGGGGAUAGAAGUGGUUACAGAACGUGUUGCUUGUUUAGAAAAACGUCCUUGUGAUAGAAGUAAUAUUCUCGACAAUACCACAGCUGUUCUUCAAACUCAAAAAACCCGAAGCGUAUAUAUAAGAACAUCAGCUGUAGAUAAAAUAAGAAAAAAACUCGAAGAAAAUAAAAUCCUAAUUCUAAGAGGGAAAGCAGGAUGUGGGAAAACAACCACAGAUUACCAAGUGAUGCUUGAGCUGUCAGAAGAAUCUUCAGAGCCGCCCUAUGAUCCUGCCAUUAUACAUUCUCCCGAUGAGUGGAACAAAGUUAUCAACCCGUAUCAGCGACAUAUCGUUCUUCUUGAUGAUUUCAUGGGAUCUUCGAAUUUAGAUAGAGACGCCCUUGAUAAAUGGAAGUCGAACUUUGAUGCAAUAAUUGCAUGUGCUACGAAUGGUCAAGUUUUAUCACUGAUAGGUUUAAGAAGGAACAUUCUAGACGAAGCAGAAAAAUAUGAAACGAAAGGCUUUUUGACAACAUCACAGUAA